AUGCUGCUGUGGGUAUUGUUCUUGUACUUGCUGGCGUCCGGGUCGGCGUUUCGCUUCGGAGGCAAUGACAGCUGGUGGAAUAGGAGAGACUUAGCUGCCGGUGGUUCAGAAGUGGCUGUGGAUAUGCAGCUACUGGAUAUUGUGAACAAGGCCGAUGGCGGUAGUACAAGCACUUCAUCUGAUGUUGGUGCUAGUAGUAGUGCUCAAAGCAAUGCUGAUGAUACCAAUGGUGAUGGCGACGACGAUGAUGGUGACGACGACGAUGAUGAUGAUGGAGAAGAUGAACCACAGAUAAUAAACUCGAACUUGAUCUAUGAAUGGACACCGAUAAUAUCGAAGAUGACACCAGGUAAGGUCGAUAACUACAUGUUUAAUAUCAACCCGGAGUCAACCGGGCUUGGUUUUGCUCCAAGUUAUGAAAUUCUUAUCUUUCUAAGCGGAAACAUAUGUCAGCAGCCGACUAACAGCACUGACUUACAAAUAAGGGUAUAUUAUUCGUUUGAUGAGAAGAUGCUGAGCAACAUCUCUCUUGGAAAUUUUGAGACAUUCUCUAAUGGUUAUCUAGAGGCGUUACAGAUAAGUCCCGUCAAUCAUACAUCUAACGGUACCACGUUAAAUAGCAAGAAUCUAUACGUCUCUGUCCGGCUGUGGGAUUUAAUUAAUGAUAAGGAAGUGGACAAGGAUGAUCCUAAUAUAAAGAACUUGACUAGUACUGAAUGGGAUUAUAGGUUAAGUAUCUCAGAAAAUGACUUGGUGUUUCAAUGGGAUACUCGUUCCUGGAUUGAUGUCUUGGAUACCGAUAGUACUUCGGCUCUUAUUAGUACCGGUAAUGUCACUGAUGAUGGUCAAAUAUACUCUAAUUAUACAAUUUACGACCCUACAUUGUAUGACUUAUAUCUUUACACAUAUGAUGAGUAUCAAAAAUUUCUCAAUGUUUCUGAACUAUCUUUAUGCGCAAUUAAAAAUGGUCCUCACUUAGUGUCAUCUGAAGGUGCAUCUGCGACAAAUCCUCCUCUGGAGAUGUUACAAGAAACUGGGCUUAAAAUUCAAAAGAGAAUUGCGGAAUCCAGUUCUGGUAUUGCAGAACAAUUCUACAUCACAGGAUUAACACCAAAUACAACUUAUGCCGCUUUCUUAACAAAAAAAAUUGGUAAAGGCCAAAGUUUAUCUAAUGUUGGUGGUGUGUUGUUUGAUGCUGAAAUUUUUACUACGCAGACUUCUGAUGCUUGCUCUCUGAUUUUUGGGAUGUCCUUCUGCUCUGAUAACGCCUAUUCUGUACCGUCCUCCGAGUUCACAAAUGGUAACAAAAGUGACUUGGCGAUAGAAUACGACAAUAUUGCUUCAGCUUUAUACUCUAAUUUUAGUAAAGCUUUACAACUUGUACCUUGUGACGCCGAUCUAGAUGCAAGAUAUUCGCCAAUAAGAACAUGUGACGAUUGUGCCACAUCUUACAGAGAUUGGAUCUGUGCAGUUUCCAUUCCAAGGUGUAGUACUACUGAAUCAUCUUCAUAUAUUUACAGAAGUAAGACGGAUAACCGCAACAGCUAUGUGAAUAAAUUUAUUAAACCAACUGAAGACUACUAUGAGGUAUUACCUUGUAUUGAUAUGUGCUAUGCUAUUGUAAGGGACUGCCCCAGCGUUUUCAAUUUCAAGUGUCCUGAUCAAGAGUCCGAACCAGAGUUACUCUUCCAAAGUUACAAUAUUUUUAAACAGUCAUCACCAUUUAUCACCUGCAAUUUCAUUGGUAAUGCAUCUUACCUUAAGAUACACAAAUAG